AUGAGUGCCAUGUACCUGGAGAACCCGCUUCUUCCCGUCGGCCAUAAGGUGAGCAAGACUGAUUUUACAAAUUCGACUGUUAAGGUAUGAUGACUUUGCCGCAAAAAAAUAUUCUGCAUGUACAUACAUCUAAUAACCUUAUUUAAAUCGAAAUAUGAAAUCUAAGCACUUGCUUAACUCGGAGAUUAACGUAUUGAAAAUUUUAUAUUACAAAAAAAAAUUUUUUUUGUGCAUUUUUCUGAUCGCAUAAUCCAAAAAACCCAGACAACAUUUGUAAAAUGUCUUAAGCCCACAGAACGUUGGAAACAGAACAACGCAGCAGGCUUAUAUUACAGUUUUUUUGGACCAGACCAACCCCUCGGGAAUGUAAUUCGAAUGUCGCGGCUCGGACUGUAUUUACAAAGAGGUCUAAGUCCAGCCCCUGAGUAAUACCAGCAGAGCUCUUUCUGAUCCCGAUUUGUUUGCACUUCGAGAGUCAACGAAAAACGCUUUGAAAAUUGAAGAACGAACUGGCUGAGGGAAAUGGGACCGGGAAUCGCGCAAAACGCAGCUUCUGAUGGGCCCUCAGGUGAGGGGGACGUGGCCUCCCCGCCCUGUCCGAUCGCCGUCUGAUCGAGGCCAAUUUGGGUGGCGAGCCGAGGCUCUGAUAUUAUUCUUGGCCAUGAGUCAGCCCCCGACCUUCUCCAUGACCCUUUUCCCUCCAUUUUCGAUCCAAUUCCAUCCAACACGACGCUAUCAUCGGUUUGUAUUAGGACCGUCAAAUUGAGAAAAUUGAUUGGUUAUUCUGACGGCUGUACCAUUUCCAAUUAUGCUUUGGUCGGAGGGAAAUUUUGAUUAUUUUAAAUCUUCUAUAACGAAUAAUUUAAUUUUGUCUUAAAUAUAAUACCAAAAAUGUGAUUAAAAAUGUUGUGAAAGUCCGAGCCGUGUAGCCCAGGUGUUCAUGGACUAAUUAUACCCUCUAAAAUGUCGGAAAAGAGUAAUUUUGAAUAUUGCGUUUACUUAAAAACUUCUUCCAUCCUUAUAAACCAAAGCCUGGAGGUAUAAAGCCGUCAGGUGCCUUUUCGGAGAGCGUGAAUUUCAUUUGAAUUUUGAUUUGGUCGUGUUUCCAUGGGAAUCCGCGUAUCUUUCACCUGUAGCCAUUAAAUUCCGAUCUUAAGUCGAUUAAAAAUUGCUUCAGAGCCCGUAAGUGUUGCACUCUGUGCGCACUUCAUGCCAAAGGUGAGAUAAAAUAAAUUUUAAUGUUUACGUCAUUUUCAAGUUAUCGUCGUCGAUUUCAGCGAGCCUCGGAAGAUCUGGUUGGCGCGGCCUGCUUCGAUGACGCUUUCAACGUCUUUAUGAAUGCCAUGAGUGAGCCAAAAAAGGUACUAGACAUAAUUAAAAUUUAAUGUCAUCAUUUAAUUACUAAUCCAAUUACCUUUCCCAACUCAAUUCCAGCUCAAACUGGACCCCCUGGCUUUUAUCUCAGCCCCAGCGCCGGCCAGCAAAUCCGCUUCGGCCGCGGCGGCCGUUGCAGCGGCCGCUGUCCUCAACUUUAACGCCAGCGCCUCAGCGUCAACGGUGUCGGCUCCCGACCCCUCAGGCAAUCCCCCGUCCAGGGUGGUCCAUCUCCGCAACAUUCCCGGUGACAUGAGUGAACUCGAAUUGAUCCAUUUUUGUAUGCCCUUUGGCAAAUUACGCAAUUAUUUGAUGCUCAAGGGAAAAAAUCAGGUAAGAAUUACAGAUUUUGUUAUUCGGAAAUGUGUAAUAAGGAUGAUUAUUAAGCCGGAUUUUUCUAACUGCGUCUUCUUCGUUAAUGCAACGAAAUGUCACAAGAAUUAUUGGAUUCUUGUUACGUAAUUUUGGUGAUUUUUGAACGUUGGAAAUUAAAAAAGAUAAGCACUCCCAUUUGAGUUUUAUUCAAAAUUUUGAUAUUUCUGCAAGAAAAAGGGUCAUUGUCACAUAUUUAUUAGAAUAAUUUUUUGAAUUUUGAUGUUUGAAUGUUUUUGUAUAAAUCAUUGGAAACAUAGCCUGUUUUGUCCUUCAAAAAAUUUAAAAGUAUGUGUUGUGCUUUUAUCUUUGAUAACAAACGGUACUGCAAAGUGUUGAAUCUAAUGAUCUUUAAAAUAUUUAUUUAAUCCGGUUAUUAUGAUACUCAUUCCACUGAAAAAUGUAUGUAAUUUCAUUUUUAUACGAAAAAAUUUUUCCAGGCAUUCGUAGAGUACGAAGAAGAUAAUGGAGCUCAGGCCAUUGUCCAGAUCGCCCAUGCUUAUCCCAUGGCCAUCCGAGGAAAGACCAUUUUCUGUCAAUACAGUACCCAUCAGAAUCUGAAGACCGAAAAGAAAUUGCCCUCGAAAAGCGGGGCCAUUCUGGGCGAUCUUGUAGUACCUCCGGCAAGUUGUUUAUUACUCUUUAAUAUGCAAUGUAGUCUAUAAAAAAGCACGGUAAUCUAACUAGUACUCAGACUGCAGUAAUAUUUCUGUUUUCGCUCCGAAUACUCGGUACAAUUUUACACUUUUGUUGACAAAAAAGCGGGAGAAGAGGGAAAUGUUGUGGCCAGAAAUGGCAGUCAUGCCCGCAGGGUGCGUGUUUUGAUUAGACGGUGGAGAAGAAGCCGGAGGGGAUUAAUGGGUUGUCGGGGCAACCGUUUUAUGAUAUCUCUAAUUAAAGCGUCAGUUUCGAAUAAAUCCAGCGGUUUGCAGGUUGGAUUGCCAAUUCUGGAGAAAACAACCUUCUUUUCUCGGCUUUGCAGGGCUUUCUGUGAUAUGUUAUACAUCAUCAUGCAUAAUAUUGCAUGUGUCGUGAAAAGAAUGAGAUAUAUUUUUGAUGGUUUUAAGUAAUGAAUACACUACUAUGGAAUCGAUGUGGGGCAUUUAAACUGCACUUUUAAUGGAUCGGCCGUUUUUAUGUUAGCUUAGUCAUCGGCAUAACAAAUUUUGAGCCUUUAUAUAACCACCUAGUGUUAAAGUAAUUUUUUGACCUAUUCAGGUAUUAUUAAAAGACCAAAAAAAAAUUAUCAUCUUAUUUGUAUAACUAAUAAUCGUAAUGCAAAAAAUGGCGAAGAAAUGUCAUAUAUCCUAUUUAUGCAUCCCUGUAGUGAAUAACAAGGACGUCUCCAUCCCCCUCUCUCCGUCAGACAUCUUAAUUAACCCGCGGGUCCGGAUGUGGAGGAAUAAGAGGCGAGAAGAGGGCGUCAUCUAUCAGUCGAUCACAUUUCACACCACCCUUACUUACUACUUACUUGUAGGCCCUGAGGUCGCAUCUCCCUUUUCGGCUUCUCCAUGGCCGCGCGUCGUCCAAUUUCUUUGGGGCUUUGGCCUUUUCUCCUCCUCCGAUUAAUUAAAAAUGAUGCCCGUGUGGAAAUAAUUUCAAUUUUUCUUCGUUUUUCUGCCCAUGAACACUGACAUCGGCCAAUGUGGCUUCAGAAAUAGGAUUCUGAGGCCGAGAAGAGAAGCCAAGUCAUCAUGGGUGGGAAUUUAAAUGGAUUUUGGGAUAUUAGAAUAGGUCAUUAGGUCAUAGAUAAUAUAAUUUAUUAUGGCUUUUCGGGAAUUUCUGAGCGUAAUGUGUGUUUGUCUAGACGCUACCAUCCCCGGAAAAUAUCAUUAUUGUUGCAUUCAGACCAUUUUUUAGGGGUUUGAUAUCAUCAGAUAUACUUGUAGGCGUCAUUUCGUAAAGUAUUGAUAUUUUUGGAUAAAUUAAUCGUUUCCUCCCAUCUGUAAGUGUAUUCCAUCAUUUCCUGGAGUCGUUACUGUAAACCCCAACCUUGUUUUUGUCCAUGUAAUCAUCAAAUCUUUGAGGAUUAAGUCUGAUUUCCCAAUCCCUGAACACUCGCUUGUAUUCAUUUAUUCACGAGGUUGUUUUACAGCCCUCCAAUCUCUCUAAUUCCUUCAUUCUUUGACUCCCAUGUUCAAUUAGAUGGCUAGUAGCAUCGGCAUAUUCUCAGCCAUCUGUUGUCAAGUCAAAUGUCCCAUCUGAUCCGGAUUUGCUCAAUCCGAAGGGGUCUUUGUCUUGAUCCUGGGGCGGGUUCUUUAUUUUGAAAUCCAUUUUCAUAGCAAUAGUCUUAUUCAACAACAUCUUCGUGGUCAAACAACGGGGUAAAAUAAGAUUUUUAGGGAGAUCUCGAAAAAAAACUGAGAAAUAAGUCAUUAUGACCAUAAGAAUGGCCAAAUGCUUUUCAUGAAGAGCCUGAAAAAUUGUUAAAAUCCAAAAAAUUUUUUUUGAGUUGUAAAUGUAUACAGGGUGCGGCAAUUUUUCGGCCGGAUUUGAAUUGGCUAUAACUUUUUUAGUUUUUAUCCGAAUGUUAAAAUUCUUUUUUUCCCUGAAUCCUCAGACAACCCCAUUUUAUUUAAUACCAAAUAUGUUAUAUAUACAGGGAUCUAGUUCAUAGUUAUUGGCCUUUCGGUCGUUUUCUCUGCUUUCUGGGCGUGUGUGAAAAUCGCCAGAAAAAAUGACUUUUUUUACGAAUUUUGUCGUAAAAAGUUUCAUGCUUGUUCAUGCCAUGGAGAAUACCGUUUCCACAAAAAAUCAGCUUCCGCACAAAACUAGCGAUGAUAUAGCCAAAAAGUUUUUCUGUGUGACCACUCAUGUGCCCUCCUGACCGCAAAGAAUCGUUGAAUAUCUUGGACGCCCCUGAAAGGUGCGGGCUGAAACUUUCAGGAAUUGAUGUGUGGCCUAUGUUCGGCCCAUGUGCAAAAUUUAAAGAAAAUCUGAGAGUCGCACUAGGGGUAAUUCCAUUGUCAGCUGUGAAAAUUAGAGCUUUUUCUUUGUCUUGAGUUUUUACUGUAUUAUAAUGAACGGGUAUAACAUAUUUGGUAUUAAACAAAAUGGGGUUGUCUAUGGAUUCAGGGAAAAAAAGAAUUUUAACAUUUGCCCAAAAACUAAACAAGUUAUGGCCAAUUAAAAUCCGGCCGAAAAAUUGCCGCACCCUGUACUGUUUUAAUCUCCAUUACAAAUCUACAAGUUCACAAACUGAUUAAGCUGACAAUUUAUUUCAAAUCGCAAAAAAAAAUACAAAUUUGAAAAUAUUUUUGUAUCGAAGCUUAAGUUGUUGGAGUCCCCUCCCCAAUAUUGUUAUUCAAAUCCCGUCGGCUUCGUUCGGAUCUUCUCCCUCACAACCGAUUGAUAUGCCCUGUGGUGGUCGGUGACCUUGAGGAAAAUGUUGUGCCCCCUUUUUGUCGCUUAUGUCGAGAUCUUUUGUCGCCGGGGGUUUUGAACUUUUGACGGGUGCGAGGUAAAAAGAGUAACGUGAGCUGGGAGAGGCAGCGAUUCCACGGGGAGGAAGGCGCAGGGUAGGGUAGACUGACAACACUUAUUCUUUCCCUCUUUUGUAAUAUUUUUAUCAUGGAGUGAGGGAACCAUGGAGAAGCUCCUUUUUGAAUAAAACAAACCCCCCAGGGGCUGCUUUACUCUCGGUCUACCUUUGCACUACUUUUUGCAAGUUCUGUGUUACAUCCAAAAUGAUACUUGAACCCGGCAUUUCCCUCGGAUAAUUAGGACGAGCAGCUGUUUUGGUGGUUAACUAAUUCUGGUCUCGCCGAGUAAUUUCUUAUUUACUGGAAUAGUAUCUGGAAUAGUAACCUGUUUUUGUCAAGAUUAUUCCCACACUUGACACCCCUCCGCAUUUCCCGGCGGAGUUAAUUUCAUCAAAGUCAGGUUAAUUUGGACCGCGAACCGCCAGGCCGGCAAGAAUUAAGGAAAUUGUUAAUCUGGACUGUGCACGCUUUCCCCGGCCACUACCACCCCAGCAAACCCUAAGGGCCGAAAGAGGGGGGGGCGAGUAAAGAGCUCAUUCGCUGGCACGGCGGGCCAUGAAAUUCCUCCCCGAAAAGAGCGGGCGGCCGAGGUAGCGGGCCCCGGCUCUCGCGCACUCUCAUUUCCGAUGCCCUCGGGCUGAUUACAGGGCCGGCCUGCUUUUGUUUUAAUUAGGUGAGCGGACAGGAGAGUAAUUGCCCGAAUUUGGGCUUUCGUGCCGAUUACGCCCGCCGGGCUCGGCCACAAAAAGGCGUCGCCGAAAUCGACCGGAAUCCGCCCUCAUGUAAUUGCAGGGGAUUUCGGGGGACCGAGAAUUUAACAUUCGGCCGUUUUCUGCAAGUAAUUCUUAAGUGGGCCAAGUAACACGGCCAAGGACCGCCAUUCCCCUGAUCACCGCUCUCUCGCGGCGUCCAGAUGUGGCCAGAGAAGCGGCCUGGAAGUCCAUUCGAUCGAUCGGUCCCUUAUUCAGAGCCCCUUUUCCGAGCACAGUCCCCUUCUUCUUCGCCUUAUUGUGCUUUGUUUUGUAUUCCGAGGCCUGUUCUCAGUGUCCCGACGCUCUCUUUUUGCCAGAUCAUUUCUCCGAUUUUCACUCAAUCCGAACGGUUCGAAGGUCGUUUAAAUAUUAUUAUCGCUUUACUCGUGAUCUCUUGGGCAGUAUUGUUACACAUUUCCUCUCCAGAUCAGUGGAUUUGUUGACUUUAGUCAACUUGUACGAGAUUUGCAUCGAGUUGAGCUCCUAACGAAGCCACUUACCACAACAUCCGCCAUCCAACACCAUAUUAGGCUAGUUUGAUGGUCGCCUGAGUGUACCGUAAUCUCCCAGCUCCGCAACGGCUCUUCCUCGCGUGGAAAGGCCGUGCCAGCACAGUCAAGACGGUCGCGGCAAACUGUUGUGCCGCUCAAGCCGCCGCUGCGACGGCCGCCGUGCAGCUUGGGGCCGCGAAUCCGUCGGCCGCGCCCGCCCCCAAACUGAGCGUGAAGCGCGCCCACUCGCCCGAACUCACCGGCGCCCCCAUCGUCGACCAGUCCAGUCAGUUGGCGUUGGCCGCCGCCGCCGCUGCCGCGGCCACCAACUCGGUCACCACGCAGCCCGUUCCCUCGCCCUUCCAGGCGUUCCAGCAGUUCCAGUCCGUCCAGCAGCUGCUCCAGUCCCAGCAGAACAACCUCGCCUAUUACGAGUCGUUGAACGCGAAACGUCUUCGUCUGGCGGCGCCGGUGGCCUCGACUUUCGGCCCGACCAACCUGCUGAUGGCUGCUAGUGCCCCGCUGAGACCGCUGAUCCAGAAUAAUGUUGCCAUGACCCAAUGUGAUCAACAGCAAAUGGUCAUGCAGAAUAUUCUCAACGGGAAACAGAACGAGCAAAUGCAAAAGGUCUCGGGAUCAAACUUUUUUAGAGGAUUUUUGUAAAAUAGUCUGAUUACUGCAACAAAAACCAUCAAAAAAUAUUAAUCUAGUCUAAGUCUAGUACAAUAUAAUAAUAUUGAAUUUUCAGUCGAAUCUACUGGUUUUGGGUGGUGCCACGACACCCACGGGUCAGAACUCGAAUGCCCUCGGCUCAACUUCCCGAGGUUCGGCUACUCCAGCCUCGGCCUCUCAGCUAGACAUAUCCACUGGCACCCAGCAACAACCAAACUCGGUGUUGAGGGUCAUUGUGGACAAUAUGAUCUGCCCGGUUACUUUGGAUAUUCUCUAUUCUGUAAGUGCGAGCCAUGGCAAUCAAUUCUGCUGGAAUAUCAUCAAGUUUUAGACCAAAAAAUCUUACUGUAACCUCAAUUACAGUAAACCUUUUUUUACGCAAUUAACUCAACUGUUUACAGAUUUUCUCUCGCUACGGCAAGGUUCUACGCAUAAUUACAUUCUCCAAAAACCGUAAGUCCUUCCGCCUACUGUGUUAUUGUAUUAAUUUAGACACUUUCCAAGCUUUAAUCCAAUUCUCUGAGGCCAAUUCGGCCCAGAAUGCCAAGAGCACCUUGGACGGACAAAACAUCUUCAAUAAUUGUUGCAAUCUCCGCAUUGACUACAGUAAACUGGCUACGCUGAAUGUGAAAUACAACAAUGAUAAGAGCCGGGAUUACACAAAUCCUCUGUUGCCUCCGGGCGAGCUGUCGUUGGAGCAGCAACUGAGUUUAGGUAAAUUGUUGCAACUGCACUUUUAAAGUCUUAUAUGGUCUAAUUUCUCUCUUAUGAAGCCUAAAAAUGAAUUAUAAAUUUUACGGACUAGAAUAAAAAAAUCUUUUUUAGCCCAGAACUCGCUAGUCGUUCCCUCCCUUCUUCCCUUCGCGGGGAAUCCAGCCAAUUCCGUAGCCAAUCUCUACAGUCAGCAGAAUGUUUUGGCCGGGGGUUUGGGCACAAAUAUUGCGGCUUUAAUGGCGGCAACCAAUGGAACGAACGGAAUGGCGUCGCCUUCUCUCAAUGUUACUGCCCAAACCUUGUUGCAACAACAACUGGGAUCCCUUUUGAAUACAACCCCGGUUGUGUUGGUGUCCAAUCUGGAUCACAAGGUGAGUAGUAGGCCCAGUUAUUCUUCUCUCUUCUUCCUCCAUUCGUUUUUACGGCAGUCGGUUGUAAGGCUUUAUAAGGGUACUGUGAUCCUACGAAAUGGGGUAUGCUAAUUCUACGACCAAAUAUCCUGUUAUUUCAUGGUCAGGGAUAAUGUAAAAUUUUACGACAAAACAUACUGUAAUUUUAUCAAACAUUACUGUAAUGUUUGUGUUAAAUCUUUUGGCUUUGCAAAAAAUAAUACUGCAUAAUAAUUCUGUUUUUGGCAAAGGAAUAUUGGAAUUUUGCAAAAAAAAUCAUAGUGUGAUUUUAUAGCUCUCUUGAUUCGAAUUUGCUUUUGAUUUGUAAUACUCUACUUUGCCCCCUUAUUUUUUGUUUUUCGGUAGGAAAGCUCCGCUAUUCCCCGUAGGCCUUAUAGCCGACCGUCUGUUGUAAGAAACUUCUGAGAAUGAAGCUUUGUUACUGUAAUUUCUCUCUCUUCCAAUCCUUUAUUUUUCGGCAUUGUGGAAGAGGACCCUUUUCUAAUUCCAAACCCCAUCUUUUAACCCUAAAAUACGGUUGAUUCGCCUCUAAAAUACGAAGAAUUAACUUCUGAAAUACGCACGUUGCCUCUUCCACAAGGUCGAGCCCCAUUUACGACGAUCGUGUUAUUUCAAUUCUAUCGCUCUUUCGUUGUUUUCAGAAGGUAACGCCCGAUGCGCUCUUCACACUUUUCGGUAUGUGGCUUUAACUUCUUUUUUUUACAACCGACUCGAAACCCGGGAGUACUGUAACAUUUACACACUACUGUAAUGUCAGGUCCUAUCCUGAGUUUUUUCGUUUUUAAUUUUCGUGUGGAUUCUACUGUGGAUACUGUAGUCCCGAGCACAUUUAUUGCCCCACUCUUUGCUUACUCUUGGCAUCUUUUCCAGGGGUCUAUGGUGAUGUCCAAAGGGUGAAAAUACUUUUCAACAAGAAGGACAACGCCCUCGUACAGUAUGCGGAAUGUCAGCAGGCACAGCUGGGUAAGUCAGAAUUACAGUGAGAGCGGCAAAACACGUAAUUAUGGCUGAACAUAUUGAACUUUCAGCGAUCCAACAUCUCGACAAGGCCAAAUGGCACGACAAGGUCAUCAGGGUCGCUUCUUCCAAGCACACUAAUGUCCAAAUGCCUAAAGAAGGUAAUCACUUUAUGUUUAUCAUAGUAUUCCUUGGAUUUUUUACAUUUAAUAAUAAUAACUAGAGUAAAUUCCAAGUAUAAUAUAAAUUAUAGGUCAACCUGACGUCGGUUUAACCCGAGAUUACACGAAUUCCCCAUUGCAUCGCUUUAAGAAGCCAGGAAGUAAGAAUUACAUGAACAUCUACCCACCCAGCUCCACUCUACAUCUCUCAAAUAUCCCUCCCAAUAUUACACUUGAGUUCUUGAAAGGGGCCUUCGAGGAGAACGGGUUCCAAGUCAAGGACUUCCAAUUCUUCCAGUAAGUUGCUAAUCAGACUUCGCAAACAUUCCCUUGUUGAUUUUUCUUGAGAUUUUUUUAUUUUAAAAAGUUUUGACGAAAUGUCACAAAAGUUAUUGGAAAAACAUUUUGGCCAUUUAGUUCUAAAAGGCAAAUUUUUUUUGGAAAAUAGAGGUUAAAUCAGCAGAAUAAACAAUGAAUCUUUUAGACGUGAUCACAAGAUGGCGCUAGUCCAGCUGGAAGACGUGGAAACCGCGAUCCAGGCCCUGGUGAUCAUGCACAACUUCAAACUGGCGGACAACGCCCAUCUGCGGGUCUCCUUCUCAAAGAAGGGGCUUCGCUUGUAG